CCGUGUCCACCAACCAGCGCGCCACGACCGCGCGCCGUUCCAAAUCCAAAUACGAAUUUUCAAACUUCUAACAACUUUUCUUUUUGGACUAUCGAUCCGUCUACCGCCCUUUCCAUAGACUCGUGUUACUUCGCGUGUGUUCAAUUUGUGUUUUAUUUACGUUUCCGGAUUAAGAUUGUGUUAAGUACUGGUUAAUGUGUCAGGUUAUGGUGUAAAGUUCACCAACUUUCUGGAUAUUUGCAAGAUUUAAUCGGGUGCAGCCCCUGAAAGCCUACUUGUGCACAGAGAUGACUCUUAAACACUGUCAUUGAGUCUAAUAUCAUCUGGACUAAUUUUGGACUCUCAGAUAUGAACUGUUGGAGGACAAUCACCUAGUGAAGUGGCAGAAAUAAUGUCACCAUCUCAUUCACACCGGACUUUGAACGUUCAGUGCUAGUGUUGUGCGCAAGCCAGUCGAUCGAUUGUGAUCAGCAUUUGCGUCGGUCGAUUACGAUUUGAUUCGAUCGAUUGUGUUUCCCAGUUGAUCGAUUAUCGAUUCUGUGGCUUGGAGUGCACUCACGAAUGAACACCCUCAUGCUGACGACAGGUGGCGUGGUGGAUGAACAGUGCGUGGAUGGAAACAUGUCUUUUUCAGCUUAUAACAUGAUGGAUUCAGGGGGCGCCGGCAUCGAGUCUCCACCCACCUACCACCGGACCUACGAGCAAUACGUGCAGGGAGCAGUAGACAACGGCACCGAGAAUCAGGAACAAACCAGCCCCGAACUAGUCGUGUGGUCCACUCUACCUUACGGCCUCGAUUACAGAGCUCAGUACGACUAUAGAAGCCCUUACGACACGGGGAGGGACUACGCCAGCCAACAGUAUGCUCGAGCGCCGUUUACUACAAAGAUGGGACAAGCCAAAGCGUUGAAAGAGGCCAGGAUCCGAAGGCCUAUGAAUGCGUUCAUGGUCUGGGCGAAAGUGGAAAGGAAGAAGCUGGCAGAUGAGAACCCGGAUCUGCAUAAUGCUGAUCUUAGCAAGAUGUUAGGCAAGAAGUGGCGGUCGCUGACGCCGCAGGACCGGCGGCCGUUCGUGGAGGAGGCGGAGCGGCUGCGAGUCAUCCACAUGACGGAGCAUCCCAACUACAAGUACCGGCCGCGGCGCCGCAAGCAGAACAAGGCGCGGCCCAGCCAGCCCGCCGCGCCCGCGUCCGCGCCGCCGCCGCCGCUUGGCUCGCCCUACAGCACGGACUCGCCCGACCGCUUCCAGCACAACCCCGCCGCUGGCUUCUCCCCCUACCGCACCUCCCCGCUGGCCGCCGACUACCAGACCAACCAGCCCUUCAACCAGGCGCAGACGCCGGAGUCCUCGCCCGCGCGCUCGCCCGAGCCCGGCCGCAAGAGCGCGCCCGCCGAAGCGCCGCUGCCCACGCCCGACGCCUCGCCCGUCGAGAACGAGAAGGAGAACUUCCAGUACAACGAGGAGCGGCGGAGAGCCAUCAACUCGUCCAUGUCCGAGUACAGCCCGUACAAGUCGUACCGCGCGCCGGGGUCGUACUCGCCCGCGCCCGUGGCCGCCAUGGGCAUGGCCAACGGCAUGUACGUGAUGUGCACGCAGCGCACGCUGGCGGAGCAGCCGCCGCUGGUGACGGGCACGUUCUUCCCGCCCGUGGCAACGUCACAGGACCAGCAGGCGCUGGGUGCCGCGGCCCCGCGCGUCUCCUCCGCGCCCUCGCAGCUGCCGGACUACGCGCAGUACCACCCGUACGAGCAGUACGAGCCGAUGUACAAGACGGAGGAGUACCAGUACCAGCCGCAGCCCAAGGCGGAGUACGAGGGCGGGUACUACGAGGAGCCGCGCGAAGAGGGCUACCUGCAGCGCGAGCUGCGCGCCGCCUCGCCCGAGUCCGACGUGGACGCCAGGGAGUUCGACAAGUACCUCGACUACAACGCCACGCCGUCUGAGAUCGAGCAGCAGCAGCAACAACAACAAUACAGAUACGAACAGCAACAACAACAGCAACAACAGCAGCAGCAACAGCAACAACAGCAGCAGCAGCAGUACAGGCCGUUGUACUGCGGCGAGCAGCCCCCGGGCCCGGCCCCGGAGUACUGCUCAGAACGCAUGUACGGGUCUCCAUACGCGUCUGUGAUCGCAGCGCCCCCCGCGCCCGCCUACCUGCCCCCCGCCCCCGGCGCCGAGGCGCGCCCCGAGGACGAGUUCAGCGUCAUCCUGGCGGGAGUGAGGCAGACCUGCUACAGCAACUGACUGCAAGGGACUGACUGAUCGCUUAUUCCAAGUCCUAACUUCGUAUCUCGCAAUAAAUGAAUAAAAUCUUUAGACCAAAGAUUAUGAUCUUUGGUCGAUUAAAAUCUUUAGACCAAAGGACGAUCUUUGGUCGAUGAAUAAAGUUGUAAGUAGAUGCCUCUGUUAUGUACUUAAAUGGUAGGGUGUAUAUGUAAAGACCCGCUUUAUAUGCAUACGUCUCGAAUAUAACUACUGAAUAUGCCAGCUCAACUAAAUCCUUGCCUAAAUUCGUGAAGAUGUAAAGAUUGCGACUUCAAACGAUUCACGUUUUGACUUCAUAUUCCAAAAUAAAUAGGAAUGUUUAUUAAGUGUAUGGUUAGUAAAUAAAUAUAGGCAAAAGUUGUUGUAAAUAAGGCUGGCAUUACAUAAAUCGCAAUUGGUGCUAUGUGAAGGGUCCUUUGAUGAAAACCCCCUUACUAAUAAUACAGUUAUAAGGUACGUGUGAGUAGUUUAAUUAAAUUUCAAAUAUUUGUCCUUUUCAUAUUAUGCUCGUAAAUUUCAGCAAAUCAGUGACAAUAAAGAAAAUAAAGAAGUUGUUUUAUACAUUGUUAGUAAUGGGGGUAAAUAUGUGUAUACUUUAUUAUCCAAAAUGCACAUCAUAUAGGUGUUUAGGUACUUAUUGUGAAUUUCUCUAUCGAUUCCUAUUGUGUAAAAGAUUAUUUAUUUGUAACUAGUUUCUGUAUAUUUCGUAGAAUACAAAAUACAAAAAAAAUAUGUUAAUAUGAUUAUAAUCUUAAUAUCAGUUCUUCCAUUAAGCCUUGUAGAUAAUAGAAUAAGUCGUAUUUUUAUAAAAAGUAAUUACUUUAGAAAUUAAAAGAUCAUUUGUAUAUAACGUAAAAUCAUUAUAAUAAUGUUAUCUCAUAGUUUACUCAUAAAACUUAUAUGUUUAGUUAUGUUGCAAUUUUUUAGCUAAUAAAAAUAUUUUAGGCAUUAAUUUUCAAACACUCGCACUGCGCAGAAACUGUUCUAUUUAAUUGUAAGAAAAUUUAUAUGAAGCAAUAAAAUUUAUAUUCAGAA